AUGUUUGACAAGCUGACGAGUCCCGGCCCCAUCCUGGAGCGUCUGGAGGCCAUCGCUCUCAGUCGUGCGGCCCUGACCUCGGCGGGCGUCGUGGCGGCUCUGGCCCUCCUCGCUGCCGUGUACCCCCCCUUCCGCGAUGUGAUUGUGUUCUCCUACAACUGUUUCUUGCACCCCCUUGGCAAGACCAAGGACCAGGCGGAGCGCCUGGACCGCUUCUACGAAAACCAGGCGAGCGUGUACGACAAGACGCGCAUGGGCCUGCUCCGUGGCCGCAAGACCAUGCUCAAGCUCUGUGCCGCUGAGAUGCGUGCGCUUCGCGAGCAGCAACCCAACCGCAAGCUCGUGUGGGUCGACAUUGGUGGUGGUACCGGCUGGAACAUUGAGCAGAUGGACGCUUACUUCCCGAUCGCCGAGUUCGACCAGGUGUACCUGAUCGAUCUGUGUGAGCCGCUGCUGCAGGUCGCUCGCGACCGCUUCCGCCGCCUCGGCUACAAGAACGUGCAGGCACUCUGCCAGAACGCGAAGGACUUCGAGUUGCCCAACCUUCCGAGCGACCGCAAGGUGGACCUGUUUACGUGCUCAUACUCCAUCUCGAUGAUUCCGCCCUUCUACGCGGUGCUCGACCGCAUCAACGACAUGCUCGACCCGCAGGUGGGUGUGUUUGGUGUGGCCGACUUUUACGUGUCCAGCAACGAGUCUAUGUCCGACCAGACGACCCUCGUGGGCGGCUCGAUCAUGCGCCACUGCCAUUGGCUCAACUCAUGGUUCUGGCGCCACUGGUUCGCGCUCGACCACAUCGAGCUGCACCCUGCGCGCCGCGACUACCUCGAGCACAAGUUCGGCACGCUCAAGUGCUUUAACGGCCGCAACCACUUUAUUGUGCCCUACCUCGUGCGCAUCCCCUACUACGUCUGGCUCGGUGUGUCGCGCGAGCGCGACACGAAGGCCGCUGUCACCGCGUACGAGGUCGAGGCCGGAAACAAUGUCGCCGUCCCCCCGUCGUUCCCUGACAUUGCGCGCGAGCGUAUCCGCAAGGCCGGCAGCGCGCCAGCUGCCGAGGGUGCCGUGGAGCAGCUCAAGCAGGACUUGUCCACCCAGUGGCCGCAGAGCUCCUUCCACUACCAGCGCCGCCAGUGGCGUCUGCCGUUCGUGGACGAUCGCUUCAGCGAUAUGUUCCGCACAUGGAUCUAUGGCUUCACGUGGGAGGACCCGGUCGUGGACAUAGAACACCUGGACCUCGGGCCCGAGGACUCGAUUCUCUGCAUUACGAGUGCCGGUGACAAUGCGCUGCACUACGCCGCCACGGCCAUGCCGCGCCGCAUUCACGCCGUCGACAUGAACCCGUGCCAGGGCCACUUGCUCGAACUCAAGCUCGCCAGUAUCGCGACGCUCGACUACCCCACGUUCUGGCGCAUGUUUGGUGAUGGCAAGAUCGAAAACUUCCCCGAGCUGCUCGAUGAGAAGAUUUCGCCAUACCUGUCCUCCCACGCCUACCAGUUCUGGAGAAUCAACAACAAGUCGUUUGACCGGGCCUUUUACUUCCGCGGCUACUCGGGCCAUGCGCUGCGUCUCGCUAAGACGGCGUUCCGGAUCAUGGGCGCCUCGAAGGACGUCGAGAGCAUGUGCACCACCAAGUCGCUGGAAGAGCAAAAGAAGAUUUGGGAUACCAAGGUCCGCAAGACCAUCAUCAACGAGACGCUGAUCCGUCUCUUCCUCUCGAACCCGGCCUUCCUGUGGAAUGCGCUGGGCGUCCCCGUCAACCAGCUCAACAUUUUCAAAAAUGAGGGCUCGGUUGAGCAGUUCGCUAUCGACACGCUCGACCCGAUUCCCACGCGCUCGCUCCUGUCGACAGACAACUACCACUACCGUCUGUGUCUGAUGGGCAACUACAGCCACGAGAGCUGCCCGUUGUACCUGAAGGAGGACGCGUUCAAUGCCCUCAAGGCAAACCACGCGCAGGCGCUCGACUCCUUCCGACUCCACACCGACUCAAUCGUGUCGGUGCUGCGCGGCAUGCAGGACAAGAGCCUCACGCGCGCCAUCCUCAUGGACCAUAUGGACUGGUUCGACCCUGUCGCCGACUCUGUGCCGCUCCCGACCUUCGAGGCGGCCCGCAACGAUGACGACAAGAAGGUCUCGGACCUCGACCGCGAGGUGGUGGAGCUCGCGCGCGUUAUCGCUCCUGGUGGUGCCGUGUUCUGGCGCAGUGCCGCCAAGCACCCGUGGUACUCGAAGCGCUUCGAGCUCGCUGGUUUCCGCGUUGCUCCCGUCCACAUUCGUGAGACGGGUAAGCCCAUCGAUAACGUGAAUAUGUACGCCUCGUUCUACAAGGCUGUGCGUCUGUAG